AUGGCUCCCCCGGCCUCGACCUUUCACCUCGAUGUCGAGGCAAUCUCUGGCAUUUGCGGAUCAAUCUCCAUUGCUUGCUGGGUCGUCGUCUUCUCUCCGCAGAUUCUCCAAAACUUUCAGCGUGGCAAUGCCGAUGCUCUCUCGAUCCAAUUCAUCAUUGUCUGGCUUCUCGGCGAUGUCUUCAACAUUAUCGGGGCCGUCAUGCAGGGCGUCUUGCCUACAAUGAUCAUCCUGGCCAUUUACUAUACUCUUGCCGAUAUCGUGCUGCUUCUGCAGUGCUUCUACUACCGCGGCUUUACAUGGAAAGACCCUACGCCCGCCCCCAAGCCGGACAACGGACCAAACGAGCGUACCGCCCUCCUCGACGCAACGCAAGAACGCAGAGGCUCCGACUGGACUGGGCUCUCGCCCGCCGUGCCACACAUUUCCGACACCAAGGAACCGCAGCCCGCCCCGACUGUCGCCCAGACCGUCCUAUGGAACUCGUUGAUCGUGCUCAUGGUCUGUGCCGCCGGCGUGCUCGGCUGGUUCCUGGGCGAGCGUGCCAAGGGCCCGCGCGAGGACCUGCCGGAAAACAGCAACGACACGCUCAAGUUCAACCUGGUCGGCCAGCUUUUCGGAUACCUGUGCGCCGUCGCUUACAUUGCCUCGCGCAUGCCCCAGCUCAUUCUCAACUACCGCCGCAAGACGACCGACGGCCUGAGCAUGCUCUUCUUCCUCUUUGCCUGUCUGGGCAACAUUACUUACGUGCUCUCCAUCUUUGCGUUUGAGCCCAAGUGCGGCGCGAGGCGCUGCAAGCAUGGCGAGGCCGGCCAGAUAUACGGCAAGUACAUGCUCGUCAACCUCAGCUGGCUGGCUGGGGCGCUUGUGACGCUAUUCAUGGACUUUGGCGUGUUCGCUCAGUACUUUAUCUAUAAGAGGGAUGACGACGAGCAGUACCUGUCUGAAUAUGAAGAGGAGCGCGUGCCGGAGAGCGUUCAAGCUAAUGGUCUCGGUAACGGCAACAGCAAUGGUCGCGUGCAGCCGACAGAGACUUGGGAUCAGCGACCUUUGCUGCAACGCAACGACUCGAGCCAACGCUAA